AUGGAAGGUCAACAAACAAUGGAGGACCAUGAAUGUCUUGUACCAAUGCCUACUGCAAAGAAAUACGCUGGUAUCCAAAAGUUCAAGAUAUCCGAAGCAGAUAAAGUUGCGAUUCGACCAACAUACCAAAAGUACUAUGAGACGCCACUUGAUGAUAUGUACGACGAUGAAUAUGAUGAUGGAUAUGAACAGAAAGAAUUUACUGUCACUCAGCAUUAUCGAACGCGCAGUCGAGAGGACGAUGCUAGGAGUAUCCCAUUCCACACAAGUGAUCGUUUGCCAAUUGGCAUAAACAGUGUUCUUUUCUUUCUAUUCAUUAGAUGCUAUAAAGGUACUUCGUCACGCAGCAACUACGCCGUUGGGCGGCAGCGCCAAAUCAAGGAACGACAUAAGAAUGCGUUCAAGCAACGCGGUGCGGACAGAAAGAUGCGUGGAAUGUACUAG